AUGACACCUAAGGUGCUACUCAUCGGAAUCAGCGGAUGCUCGUCAAGCGGGAAAACAACCCUGGCAAAACUUACUGCCAACUUGAUUCCGUCCGCUGUCUUGCUGCAUGAGGACGACUUUUUCAAGCACGACGAUGAAAUUCCGUUUGAUGAAACUUACCAAGUCAGCAACUGGGAUUCUCCAGAUGCAUUGGACUUACCACUUUUCAGCAAGGAACUAGACUACAUUAAAAAAACGGGGCAAAUUUCGGUAGACUUGAUACACAACAAUAAUCAUGAAAAUAGCGAGAGUGUAGUCUUGAGUACCAAGGUGGAGCAAGAGAUAAGGCGAAAAUUUGAUGCUCAAUUUCUCGAUUCUAAUAUUAAAGUUGUUGUUGUAGAUGGGUUCAUGAUGUUUAACGAUCCUGCACUAGCAGAUAAAUUUGAUAUCAAAGUGUUAUUCAGAGCUCCCUACUCUACCCUAAAGAAGCGGCGCGCUGCCAGAAGUGGUUACCAGACUUUAGAAUCCUUUUGGAUCGAUCCCCCCUUUUACUUUGACAAGUUCGUCUACAAAUCGUACAGUGAGUCGCAUUCACGGCUAUUCGUUAAUGGAGAUGUUGAAGGCGACAUCAAAGAAGAUUCUGGCAUCUAUGACUUUAUGAAUGACGAUGGAACGGAGGUUAGUGAGGCAUUGUCAUGGCUUUGUGACUUGAUAGUAAAGCUAGGCAAGAUGCCAAGAUAG